AUGGACCUUGUUCGUCAUUUGACCCUUCUGACUCCAAGGUUCAAUUUUUGUAUUAGAGCUGAGCACAUAGAGGGUAAGAGGAAUGACAUGGCUGACUCCCUCUCUCGUUUUCAGAUGGAUCGGUUCAGGGAGCUAGUACCCCAUGCCAACCGAGAUCAAUGUCUGGUCCCACCCGAACUCCUGAAGAACUCCUUGCUAAAUCGGUCAAGCAUUCCACUAUCAAGGGAUACUUGGCAGCAGUCCGUCAUUUUCACAUCCGCCACGGCUACCAGCUUAACCUGAAGAAGUUCCAUCGCUUGCACCUUGUCUGCCGUGGCAUUAAGAGAUCUCAAGGUAGCUCAAUCAGAACUCGUUUGCCAAUUACAAUAUCCCACCUCAAAUUUUUCUACUCCCUUCUAGCAAUCAGGUACACUUCAAAUUAUGACUCUGUAAUGAUCUGGGCUACUAUGACGUUAGCUUUCUUUGGUUUCAUGCAGUUAGGUGAACGGACAUGUAACUCCCAAUUUAACUCUGAUGCUCAUCUUACACCUCUUGAUAUUAUCUUUCACUCAUGUCUCUCCAACUCCUCUCAUCUUUUAGUCAAAGUCAAGGUUUCUAAAACUGAUCCCUUCAGGAUGGGGCAUACCCUUUUAAUAGGACAAACUAAUCAGAGUAUCUGCCCUGUAUAUGCAAUGAAGCAUUAUCUUACCAGGAGGGGAAUUACACCUGGACCUCUUUUUAUUUUUGCUUCGGGACGUCCACUGACUAAGGGUGCAUUAACUGCUGAGUCUAGGCAACUUCUCUCUCAUUUCGGUUUUCAAGCAUCAGAUUAUGCCGGUCAUAGCUAUAGAAUUGGCGCAGCGACAGCUGCAGCUUCAGCGGGCCUUCCCCCAGGGUUGGUUAAAACAUUAGGCAGGUGGUCAUCUGAUUGUUAUGAGAGAUACAUCCAAUGCCCACAGGCAGUUUUAUCUGGGGUUGCUUUGAAA